AUGCCUUUUACCUACAAAACUGUUCUCCUUGUUGGAGCCACUUCUGGCAUCGGCGCCGGAAUGGCUGAUAAGCUAAUCAUGGAGGGAUCUAAGGUCAUAGCUGUUGGCCGACGUCAGGAUAGAUUGGACGAAUUUGUCAAGAAACAUAACAGCCCAAAAGCUGCCUCGAUUCAAUUUGAUAUCGCGGAUCACGAGGGUGUGGACUCAUUUUUCUCAAAGGUGAUAGAGGAACAUCCCGACCUCGACUGUGUUUUCUUGAACGCUGGCAUCCAAAGCCAGACGCGUUUGUCAAGACCGGCAGAAUUCGACCUCGGAAAAUUCCAUCAGGAGAUCAAUGUGAAUUUUACAAGCAUUGUGAACUUAGCAGUCAAAUUUCUGCCCCACCUUCAGGCAAAGUCAACGCCAACUAGUCUUAUCAUUACUGGGACGCAUCUUGCUAUUGUACCAGCAGUCACUUUGGCUGCGUACUCAGCCUCCAAGGCUGCUUUAACAGCGUUCGUGGACUGCUUACGCGAACAAAACCGCCACAAACCCACAAAGAUCAUUGAGAUUUACCCUCCUGUAGUGCAAAGUGAAUUACACGACUAUGCCGGUCCUAGAGGUCGCACAUACGGCCUUCCUCUAGGUGAGUUUACGGAGAGAGCGUAUACGGAGCUGCUAAAGGGCGACGAACUUAUCGUAAUCGACUCGAUUGCUAUUGAGCCAAGAGAAACCUACAUGGAUCUUCUCGAUCGCCGACGAAAGAUCUUCACAAAGCUAUCAAAAGCAAUGCUUGGACAUUUUGAACUAUAA